AUGCUCAAGUCCACAUAUCAACGGGCCGAUGCCGCGGCACCUGAGGCCCUGCCGCCAGGCUGGACAGAACACAAAGCUCCAACAGGUCAUACCUAUUACUACAACGCGUCGACCAAAGAGUCAACCUACAAACGUCCUUCAGCCCAGCCGGAAGCACCAUCGAUUGUGCCAACGUAUGGACCCAACCUGUCCGACCCCAGCGUUGCCAAUGCGUACGUGGCGCAAUUCAACCCGCCUCCGGCACAGCAGUCGCAUCGCGGCGGCUUUGGCGCAGGCAGAGGUGGCAGGGGUGGGUAUGAAGGGCGGCCAAAGCCAGCCCCGAUCGAUAAGCCUGUGAAGAAGGAGCCUAUUCCGGGCCAUGAGCCUUGGAUCUUGGUGUACACCAAGUACUCGAGACGCUUCGUGUACAACCCUGUCAAGAAGACAAGCUUCUGGCGCAUACCCGAAAAGUUGAUGCCAGGAAUUCUCGAGCUGGACAAGGAAAGAAUACGGAGGAAGAGCGGGAACGAGACGGACCCUAAGAGCGCAGAACCCGAAACAGCUGAAGCCGAAGAGGCGACAGUUCAACGGAAAGAGGAGACACCGACGGCUGCGCCCGAGGCGUACGAUAGCUCUGAAUACGAGGAAGUGGAAGUUACGGAUGACGAAGACGAGGAGGGCCAUGCGUCCAAACGCCAGAGAACAGACGACGCAGCGCCCGAAGAAGAAGAGGAACCAGUUGAGUUUACAGAGGCGGACAUUGCAGCACAGCUUCAAGCCAUGGGCACAGACUAUGGUCUUGAGCCGGGUGACUACGACGACGGUAACAUGGCUGAUUGGCCCGAGGGCGCAGAGGGUGUCGAAUUUUCAGAGGAAGACGCCAAGCUCCUUUUCAAAGACCUCCUGGACGACUUUAGAAUCAACCCAUUCAGCCCCUGGGAGAAAUUGAUUGAGGAAGGCAGGAUUAUUGAGGAUCAGCGAUACACAGCUCUGCCCACGACACGAGCUAGGAAGGAAUGCUGGGAUGAAUGGUCACGCGAGAAGAUCGCGGCCCAAAAGGAGCAGCGUGCCAAGCAGGAGAAGAAGGACCCGCGCAUCGCAUACAUGGCCCUCCUCCAGGAGAAAGCCACACCGAAGCUCUACUGGCCGGAAUUCAAAAGAAAAUACAAAAAAGAACCGCCUAUGAAGGACCUCAAUCUAUCGGACAAGGACAGGGAGAAGGCGUACCGAGACCUGGUCAACCGCUUGAAGACGUCGCAAGCCACAAGAAAGACUGAGCUGACGACGAUGCUCAAGAGUCUGCCUCUGCACGUGCUCAACAACAGGUCCCUCGCGGACGGCCUGCCGACGCAAUUGCUAGUCGAUCCACGCUACGCUGCCCUGGAGCCUUCGAUCCGAGAUGGCUUGAUUGAAGCCUAUGUUCAGGGCCUCCCUCCCCCUCCUGACAACGUGGAGGACGCCAAAGCAGCGAGCGACGAGCGGGAAAAGCGCGAAAAGAGAACAAAGGCUCUGGAGGAGCGCAAUCGCGUCAUCGACGAGGAGAAGCGGCAGCGCGAGCGGGAUAUUGCCAGGGGCAAGGCUAGAUUGCGGGACGGAGAGAGAGAUAUUGAGAUGGCCAUGGCCGUAGACAAGACUGGACUGCGCCGCCAGCUGGAGGAUGCCGCUUAG